CUCAGGAGCUGCGAGAAUGCGGAAGUAUCAGCUGGUAGGGAAAGCGAGUUUCUGCUCCUUGAGAGUGUAGAAACUUGGAAGUAUCUAGAACUCUAACCUAAAAGAAAGGACCAGUCGAGAAAUCAUUUUUUCGAUUCUCUUUAUAUAGUUCUUACACGCAUCAUGUGAUUGUCUUCAUUAGUCUGAAUCACAGCUGAUUUAACAUUUGGCACCGACGGUAAGCGACAGAGGGCUGAAAGCAAGGACUUUCCCGACGAGGCACACCAUUUAGGAAUCACACCGGGGUUCCCCCUGAGUUAUUUAUCCGCGGCGCUCACGCAGAGGCCGCCCGGCUUCCCCCGGGAGAGGCGGCGGGCCGCACGCAGGCAUGGCCGGGGAGCCGUGAGCCUCCAAGUGUCACUCCCCCACAGAGGCUCUCCCGCCGCCGCGCCGAGCCCUGCGUGCCUCUUCCACUUCCUGCUGCAGAGCCAGUUCUGCCGCUUACCUGGGAGAGGCAGGGAGGCUGUCGUAAAAGGAGGGAAAGCCGCCCGGCCGGCUGAGGAAGGAGCCCCGGGCGCGGCGGGGAGCGCGGGAGGCGCGCAGCCCUCUCGCUCUCCUGGGGCAGCCCAGCGCGAACCUCCCUCGCCCGCAAGGUACUUCAGAGACCAUCAAAACAGCAUCUUGGUGUAUGAGGCAUAGCAAAUUUGUUCCUGAAAAGCCAAAUUUGUAUGUUUGCUAAGGAUUGUAUCGAAUAGAGGCAUGAUCAGACAAUGCAUGUGGCCUGCGAGGUGGAGCCUGUACCCCAGUCCUCAGCUGAGUUGUUCUUUGUGAACACCAGGGUGAAUUUUGCACAAGGAACCAGUUAACUGGAGAUGCUCAGAGGGAAAUAAGAGAUUGCAAUGUGAUUUGUGCUGCUGGAGUGCAUCAUUCACUUUACGACCAAACAUACAGAGAUAUCCUCAAGUUGGAGCAUGUCUGAGCAGGCACUUCAAGGCCAGCUGAUCCAAGGGUCAGGUUUACAAAACUGUUGAGUUUGCUGAAAAAUCCUGGCCUUGCAGUAAGGCAGCUGACUCACUUCCGGUUCUGCAAAAAACUUUGGAAAUGGCCUCUGCGUCAGGCACUUUUGUGGGUCGAAGCAUACCAGUCGAAGUAGAUGAAUCUGUGCCAUGGUCCCAGUUACCUGAACAUAUCUUGGAAAAGGCUUUGCAGCCUUCUGGAGAGGAUAUGGAGCAUGAGGAGGCCCAGAGCUCACAUGUUGCUCGAAGACCUCAGGCCGAUCCAUCUUGCCUUUGCAAAGCACCAGCACAUCAUCAUUCAGCGCUGUCCGUGGAGUCAGACAGCAGCUUGUGGUCAAAAUAUACUGAUCCUGAUGGAGGUGGACACUCCUGUUCCCCUGGUGAAUCAAUAUCAGGAGUAUUUCCCUCGAAGACACAUUCUAUAGCUAUGGACAAGCCAGGCAUGCAGCCAAGAUCACUGCUUUCAGCUGACACCAGGCACAAGUCCAGUAAAUCAGAGCAGAUCUUGUCUGAUGUUCCUGAGGACUCACUGGAGGAGAGCAGCCAAGGGAGUUCACAGUCACAGCAACCAUCAGGAAACAGACUCCUGGCAGAGCUGGGGACUGUAGAUACCGGGUAUAACUCCCAGUCACAAGAUGUCAUGGGCAUCAGGCAUCUGGAGCCCCCCUUACCACUGGUGUCUGUGCUGAACCCCCAGGACCUCCCAGGACCACUGAUCUCCAGAGAGUUUUUGGGACCUGAGCAUCAGCAGUGCCCUGUGUGCCAUCACUUGCCCCAUCCCAACACACCCUCACAAGCGCACGGCUGCUUCAGGCACCGCUGCCCAGCAGAGCAGCUCCCCCCAGGCCCAUAUGGCAGAGUUCCUUACCAACAUUUUGCUGAGCCAUCGCAACCACUUCCUCCUGUUCCUGGACCUUGCAUGAGAGUUAUCCGCCCAGCCCAGCAAGUCAUCCCAAAUUACUCAAACCUCCGUGCUCCCAAAGGCACUGGAGAUCGACCACCCCAGAGGACAUGCUCCUCCCCUGGUCCUCCUCGAUUCCCAAACCAGCUAUACAACCAGCUACCUAAUGGUCAGCUGCCCCCCAAGGCAUGUGGCCUGGAUGAAGCAUGUGGUUGUCCUUCUGACAAUUUUCCAUCUCCAGCUGCGGUCCCAAGACCUCUCAGUAACCCUGCAGCCAGGGGAACUCUGAGAACCAGCAAUCUGCCUGAGGAGUUGCGCAAGGUCUUUAUAACCUACUCAGUGGAUACAGCAGUGGAGGUUAUGAAAUUUGUGAACUUCCUGUCUGUAAACGGAUUUCAAACUGCUAUUGAUAUCUUUGAGGACACAGUGCGAGGUAUUGACAUCAUUAAGUGGAUGGAGCGCUACCUAGGUGAUAAGACGGUGAUGAUAAUCAUAGCAAUCAGUCCAAAAUACAAACAGGAUGUGGAAGGGGCUGAAUCCCAGCUGGACAGGGAUGAACACGGCUUACAUACUAAAUACAUCCACAGGAUGAUGCAGAUUGAGUUUAUACAGCAAGGAAGUAUGAACUUCAGAUUCAUCCCUGUGCUUUUCCCAAAUGCCAAAAAGGAGCACGUGCCUACCUGGCUGCAGAACACUCACAUUUAUAGCUGGCCAAAGAACAAGAAGAACAUCCUUUUGCGGUUGCUGCGGGAGGAGGAAUACGUUGCUCCUCCAAUAGGACCUUUACCAACACUCCAGGUUGUGCCGCUAUGAACAUUAUAACUUAAAGCACAUGACGAGUGGUUGUUAAAGGGUUGUUCCUGGCAGGGAGCCAGCACUCUUCCAGAUGGCUCUUUUUGAUGACAGAAGACACUCUUUCUGCUAAAGGAAUUGGUUGUCUUGGGUUACUCAGGCUCAGCUUGUUCUCUACCAUGUUAAACAUCUAUUUCCAAAGCUGAUGGGGCAGAACUCUCUUCUCUAGAUUUUUUAAUAAGCUACAAAUGGAAAGAAUGCCCACUUUUAUUUUAACAUCUGGUUCCUUUUAUUAGUCAUUAUAGCAAACAAAUACCAAAAAUAAUGUUGCAAUAAGUGUAAAAUAAAAAUUACAUCCUCCUUUUUGCUCAGGGUUUCUUUAAAGAUAUUCCUGCUCUGUAUAGCAUUAUUGAACCAUCAGUUUGUAUACAGACUAUUAAAUAUAUUUGCCUUUUGUAAGGCAAUCUUA